UCGUGAUCUGAGUGCAUACGUAUGUACAUAAGUACCGUACUGUUUAAUUAAGUGCAUUAUUUAUGUUAUAUAUGUACCAGACAGAAAACAGUUGCUGUUUUUUUCCAAUUUAACAGUGUGAACAUAAUUUUUUUUUACUUAAAUUUUUGUUUCAAUAAUUGCCAAGUAUAUGCUAUACUUGUUUAAAUGUACUUUUAUGGGUACCUAUUAUUUUUCACCGAAUUGUACACAUUAUAUAUAUACUUAACAAUAGAGAAUACUAAGACCAAAAGUUAACAAGGAUGUCGUCAUUUCACGAAAGACAGAAAAAUUUAUUCAAUCUGCUCAAAGACGCUGAAGAACAGUACAGUUUUUCGAAAUCUAAUAAAGUCACAACAACCCAAGAUUAUGGCACAAUUGACAGAAAAAGUUACAGAAAACUCAAGCACGAAAUGAAGCAAUUCAGAGGUAAACAAAGUAUAUUCAAACGGCCUGAAGCUAACAUAAGGGAAUGCCUAGAAACUAAAGCUGUACCAGAUCAUGUAAAAAAUCCUGAGAAAUGGAAAUAUUAUUCACUCUCGGAUGUAACAACUGAGCAAAUGUCAGACGCAACCAACACAGCAACUGCAUUGGCUUUUAUAAAAGAGUUGGAAGAAAAACAUGAGGAUCAUAGAACAGAACAAGAAAAACUUGAUGAUGAUAUAUUUAAAAAGCCAAGAUUUAAUUUUUCUACUGCAAUUAAAAAACGCUCUGAGGAAAAGAGGGCCAUUGUUAAAGGAGGUAAAGUAAUCAUGCCUGAAUAUGUAGUUGGUAUGUCAAAAAAAAAAGAAAAGAAAAACACUUUAGUAACAAAGAAACAAAGUAAAGAAACAGAGGCAUGUAAAAAAAUUGAAUUAAAACUGGAUCAUUUAUAUGAGGAAGAUAAUUAAAGUUAAGGCAAAUGCACUGCAUUAAACAACAUAAAGAAAUUGUAAGUUCUAAAACCAAAAUUAAGAAAGCAACCAAAUACAAUUGAAUAAUAAUUGUCCAUAAAUUGACAACCUCAUAGUGUGCCUAUAUUAUAUGUUAAAAAGAUAAAGGAAGUAAAUACUGUGUAAAGUGACUGAAAGAAUUUGGGACUAGUUUACAUUAAAAAAUACAUUUGAAAUACUAAGACUAUCGAUUAUCUCCUGUCUCCUGUCUACUGUGUUUGAGAAAACUGUGGUAAUUGUGUUACAAACUUUUACUUGUACUUGUCAGUGUAAUAAUGCAGAAUAAUAAAUACUAGUAAACA